AUGGUUAACAUCAAGUACGAACGGGUCAAACAAACAACAGACCAAGAAGGUGGACCAGAUGAAGAAAUAGAGCUCGAAACAAACCGCAGAGGAAGCGAUGACCACCGACAGCAAGAUGCGUUACACUCUCAGUACCACCAAAGCAAACACAACUAUGCACACCAUAAUCAAUAUAUCGUGGCUACGACGGCUGGAUGUAAUGGAUACGCCGAUGGUGACCAACGCAAAUCGAAGAAUGCAUUCGCUAAUCGCAUUGUCGUCACGCUUGUGCUGAUAAUAUGCUAUUUUUCCCUGUCGAUUGGUCUAACGUUUUACCAGCGUCAGCUGCUGCAGCAUUUCAAGCUGCCACUGUUUGUGGUGUUAUACCACCUGGUGAUAAAGUUUCUGCUUUCGGUGGUGGUGCGCGCUGUGCUUCGGUGUGCCACGCGGAAACCGCGCAUUUUGUUGGAUUGGCGAACGUCUGUAAGGAAAAUCCUCCCCACCGGGUUAGCCAGUGGCAUCGAUAUUAGUUUCUCCAACUGGGGUCUUGAGCUCGUCAAAAUUUCACUAUACACGAUGACCAAAUCUACUACGAUUGUUUUUAUUUUAAUAUUCGCCAUAUUACUUAAGCUGGAGAAAAAGAGUUGGUCCCUGGGAGCGAUCGUCAUCAUGAUUUCCGGAGGUCUAUUUAUGUUUACGUACAAAUCAACACAGUUUGAUGCACUCGGAUUUUCGUUUCUGCUGUUCGCAUCACUUUCAAGUGGCAUUCGCUGGACGUUUGCUCAGCUGAUUAUGCAAAAGUCCAAGCUCGGUUUACAUAAUCCUAUCGAUAUGAUAUUCCAUAUGCAACCGUGGAUGAUAUUGUCCGUGUUGCCAUUUACUAUCGGGUUUGAAGGACAAAAGCUUAUCGAAGGAUAUAGUCUGGUGCAACAAUUGCCAUCGAGUGUCGUAGUCGACGUUUGGUUAAAGAUUUCCUUCGGUGCAUUCAUUGCGUUCGCGAUGGAAGUGAGCGAAUUCAUGGUUCUCACCAACACGUCUAGUCUGACCUUGUCAGUUGCUGGCAUUUUCAAGGAAAUUUGCCAACUCGUACUAGCCGUGAAGCUGAACGAUGAACAUCUCAGUAUUGUCAAUGUGCUCGGUCUGGUAAUGUGCUUGGGUGGCAUAUGUUGCCAUGUGGUGCAUAAAUUCCUAACGUACCGCGAGGAAACCACCAAGACUUCCUCGCUAGCUUCUCUGGACAAGCCCGGUGCAUACAUCGAGGAUCACGAGGAUGAAGAUGACGAAGCGCACCCGGUCGGGGGACUAGUGACUACGACUUCCAAGAAUGGUGCUCCAAAGUUUGGCAAUGGAGCCACUACGGGUAGCAGUGGAGUUCGCUUCAAAAGUGGACAGUAUCGGCCACUAUUGAUCAACGAGGCCCGGGAUGCAAGCGACUCCGAUCAUCUAGUGGUAGAGAACCGGAACUAUUUGUCGGAUGACAGCGAUCAGGAAGAAGGCGGUACGCAGGAUGUGCUGUUCGAUAUACUUAAGCGUCGUGAGCGAUAGUCAUUCCAACGUUCAUGCGUGCAUUCCUUUCCCCCGAUGGCAACCGCCACGAA